GGCCGCCUCCAUAGAACGUCGCGCACUCUAUUGCGGACAUCGCAUAGCAGAGCGUUUAGAACUCUAAGGAGCCUAGCGGAAGUGAAAGGUGGUCAGGAGAGUGAUGGGUUUGGGUACCUUCGUGUAUAGCGAUAAGCUGUCUAUAGACUGUACAGUAUAGCGGGAAUGGAGGCUGUUCUCCCUAUGAACCAGUUAUACAGCCGAGGAAGGUGGUGCAGAAUUGGAAUGAAAGUCCUUAGCCAGGUAAAGGGUGAAAAUAAUAAGUGUGCUCUCCCACGCUUUGGCCGAAACGUUGGCUGUUAAUAUUUUUGGCACAUAACUAUGAAUUUCCUAUUCUAAUUUUAAAAUAACUAUUUGAUCAAGGUGUAUUGCAUUAAUACCUGCACCCUCAUCAUGAUCUCUUGGUACAUUAAAACAGGGAUUACAUCAGAGACAAAAUACACCAUCCUAUUUUAAAUGUUUAAAGUAGAGAAAAUGUUUUAAAGUAUAUAGAUAUUCAAUAUUUGUAGAAUUAAUAGUUGUGGGUAUAUUUUAUUAUUCAUUGUAUUAAAUAAUUGCAUGCCUCCCAACACUCUCAGAUUUGGCAGGACAGUCCUGAUUUGCUGCUCCGGUCCCAGUGUCUGGGUUCUGUAGACGCAAGAGAAAUGUCUUCGUUACGCACAGUUUUAGACUGAAAGUGGCUUUGUCAGUGUGUGCGAUUUUUAACUUCUACGGUGACUGCUUCACUUGGCAGUCCGGUGGCCACGGGGUGCAAAGGAAAGUGACCGGAAUCUGUCCGUUGUGGCUGCCGCUAUGGUCUUCCAGUUGGUCCUCUUCAGCCUACAACACUGAGGCUUAUCAAUGAUCCAACAAGAUCACAGUAUCCUCCAUAGACCGAGCCUUUUUCCAUGCAGUUGUCACAAGUGACAUCUGGAGGAAAUGACAAAACUUGACAAAGAUAUCUCUGCCUUUUGUCAAGCACAGGCAAAAUUCUUAGAUAAAGUAAUUGGUCGUUUGCCUUUGUAUAUCGUUUGUUAGAAUGUCAGCGAAAUUCCAACACAGUCAGUUUAAGUAUUUCAUAAGUAUUUUAUCUUUAUGAUAUAUUUAUUUUAUUUGGGGGGGGGUUGGGGGUAACAAUGUAACUGUAACUUCUGCUCAGGAGCCAAAUGAAACGUUUUUUCAGGCUGGGAUCCUACAAUUGUAUUGGUAUGCUUGCAGCCCAGCCCCCAGUGUAUAAAUGGCAAAGACGGAGAGUUGCUCCACUUUACACCAUAUCCGACACUGAUAGGCAGAGAACAUAAGCUGCUGCUCUCAAACAGUCACUACCUGCUCUUCUAGUGAAGUUACCAUUGCAACAUGUACCAAAUUGCACAAAGCAGGAUAGGUAAGUUAAAAAUAGUAAUAAUUACUGACAUAACCAACGCUGCACUCUUGUCGUGAAUGACUUUAUAAGCGCUUUACAAAAUGCGUGAUAGUACAGCAUUGACUUUGGCUCCUGGCACAGAAGAGGAAGGACAAUGGAGCCCGCUAGGGACAGCUUCAAGUAAGUAGAACUCACCUUUGCCUGCUCCACCAGACCCUCAGUGGCGAUGUCACCAUCUGGAGUUUUUGCAAAUUAUGCAAAGUUUCCAGGCAGUGACAAUAACUUUGAAUUCCUGAUAAUUAUCACUUUAAUAAAUAACCCUGUUAGUUAUUUGGUUGUGCAAAAAUCUAGCAAGUUAUUCUUCCUGUUUAAAGAGAAACUAUAGGCUACGAAUACACAAUUGUAUUCCAAGCACAAUAGCUCCCUAUAAUGCCUCCCUCUCCCCAACCUGCCCCAGCGCAGAAAGGGUUAAAAACCUUUAAUUCGCUUACCUGAAACGAACGCCGGUUCAGAUUCCGCCUCCGCUUCUUCCACGACAUCAGGUUCCUAAUGCGCAUGCACCAAAAGUCGCCCAACAACCCGGUUGCAUCUGUAGUAGCUGUCCGCUUUCUCAAUAACUGCAAUAAUUACCAUGGCAGAGUUAAACUGAUUGGGGCACUGCACCCAGACCACUUCAAUGAGCUGAAGUGGUGUGGGUGUCGAUACUAUCCUUUUAAAGCUUGGCAUCAAAAUCUGGUUCACAUUGCAUUAAAGGACCACUAUAGUGCCAGGAAAACAUACUCGUUUUCCUGGCACUAUAGUGCCCUGAGGGUGCCCCCACCCUUAGGGUCCCCCUCCCGCCCGGCCCUGGAAGGGGGAAAGGGGUAAAAACUUACCUUUUUCCAGUGCUGGGCGGGGAGCUCUUCUCCUCCGAUCCUCCUCCUCUCCUCCCCAUCGGCUGAAUGCGCACGCGCGGCAAUGCUUUCCUAUGGACGCUUGCGUGCUCUCACUGUGAUUUUCACAGUGAGAAUCACGCAAGCGCCUCUAGUGGCUGUCAAUGAGACAGCCGCUAGAAGCUUUGGGGGAAGGCUUAACCCAUUCAUAAACAUAGCAGUUUCUCUGAAACUGCUAUGUUUAUAAAAGAAUUGGUUAACCCUAGAAGGACCUGGCACCCAGACCGCUUCAUUAAGCUGAAGUGGUCUGGGUGCCUAGAGUGGUCCUUUAAAGAAGAAGAAAGGUUAAUAUUGUUUUUGUUUCCUUAUUUCUACAUUUAAUUUUGGGUUUUCUUUCCUCACAAACACUUUUUUUUUUUUUUUAAAUCUACGGAGAAAAUAAAAACAGAAUACUAAAAAUCCUGGUUAGUGACAUUCCUGUUUAAGUUGUAUUAUGUAAUAAUUAAAUAAAUUGUUUUAAAAAUAAAAUAAAAAAAAUAGGAACUAAAUGACCUCAGUGAAGUAGAUGUUAGAUUUACAUUUAGGAAAGUUAUGUUAAUACAGUGUGUAUGAGUAAUGUUUUUGUCCUUUUUCUUUAGGUUAUGUGUUGAGCAGUCCUCAUGCGGUUUAUUCAGGACGACCUGCAAAAAUCAUAUGUAACCAUGAUGAUGAAUAUUAUCAUUCUGUGCAUGAUCCUAUGCAUAUCUUUAUCUUUCUGGAUAAUAUCACUCACAGCAAGUACAUACUAUGGUAAGCCGUUUUGCAUGUGGAAUAAGUGAACAUUUUGAUUUGUACAAUACUACUGAAUGUGUGCAGUACAAAUGGCUAUACUCCAUUAUUGUAAGUAAAUUACGUGAGCUUACAGCCAUAUGAUUAAUACAUAAUCUAUGACAAAAUGAAUGUAUUAAAAUAAGGAAGGGAAGGAUUCCAUGCAGGAAAAAAAAAUCUCACUGGUACAAAUAUAAUAUUAUAUGGAAACAUCUUAAAUGACAUUUCAAGACAGUCUGUAUCACAGCACAGAACUAGAUACGGUCAGGAAUAGUGUCUCUCAGGAGGACAAUUCCCCCAUCCCCCUUCUAUAUCCCUUUAAACAUUUAAGUAAAGAUUAAGCCUAAUUAACCUUUGUUUCUCAGUAAGUUCAAGGUGGCCAACACGCAAUGCAGAGGGUAGUAAUACUUUUCUGAUGCUGUGUCUUAAGGCUUCGUUCAGAACAGAACCCUUGCAGGUUGCUAUCCAUGCUAUAUUCAAGCCUUAGAGUUUGGCUAGGCUGCUUUAUCACAGAUCCAAGUACAGCCUGCUCCGUAUGAUGUUUCUUUCAGAAACCUUAUAAAGCAAUCUUUGUUAUAGAGAAGAAUAUGGGUACAGUUUGUGCGUGUCAGGAGGAAAGUGGGGUUUACUAUUAAAACGCUUCUUCCAUUGGAGCUUCAAAAAGCAACAUUCUAUUAUAAAAUUAAAGCACUGUAAAAAAUAAAUAAAAUUUUUUUAAAAAUAUUAAUGCAGUGUGGAUUUUUUUUUUGGAAAACAGUUUUUUAUUGUUGUGGUUUUGUUACCUUUCACAGGUGAUCUCACCCCAGUCUCUCCUUGGCGCUGGUUAGUGUCUGUAGUGAUUCCACUUAUCAUCAUAACUCAUGGAUUAAGAAAGAAGAGCCUGGAUAACAGUGGAGCCCUUGGGGGUGUGUAUGGGUUGUUUUUCUGUCUUAUCCAUCAUUAGUGUAAAACACCCUCUAUAUGCCAAACUACUUUAUAUAGGGAAAUUAUAAAAUUAGUCUUAAGGUGAAACUGAUGAUUUUACUGGAUUGUGUAGUGUAGAGGUAAGCAUAGCAUACCUGGAAAAUUUUCCCAGUUCGGCUACUUUGAUUUGAAUGUUUAAAUUUUAGGUCAGAUUGCUGACAAUUCUCACUUUGUGAAAAACCCUGUGUAUCUUUUCCAACCACUAUUUUUUUAUUUUUUUAUUGAGCAAUAUUUAAAUCAAUCAGUAUUAAAAUUAAACAGUCUGUAAACCCAUCCUGCAAUUACAGAAUUUUUGAUGUGCUAUUUUUAUGCACUUAAAAGGAACACUAUAGGGUCAGGAACACAAACAUGUAUUCCUGACCCUAUGGUGUUAAAAACACUAUGUAGCCCACUGCCCCCCUUGAAUAAUAGUAAAAACUCAUCUUAUUUCCAGCAUCGCACUUGUCUGCUGGCGCUGGCUCUGCCCCUUAUCUGCCUCCUUGGUUGACCUUAUUAGAACUGGUGAUGUCAGCCAAUCACAUAGCUUUCCCUUAGGCAGAGCGAAACGCCGCAGUGGCCAUCAGCAUGUUCUCAUAAAAAUGCAUUGAAUCAAUGCAUCUCUGUGGGGAAAGUUCAGCUUCUCAAUGCAAACUGUGCAGCACUGACCAAGGAAGCACCUCUAGUAGCCAUCUAAGGAGUGUUUCUAGGCUUCUCUGAAAAGAUAGCGUUUUAUAGCAGAAUGCCUGCAGGGACUGACUAUACUCAACAGAACAAGUACAAUAAGCUGUAGUUGUUCUGGUGUCUGUGUUCUUAGUGUUAAAUUCACAAGAAAUGUAUUAUUUUGGUCUUAGAUGCAGUCUUGCUUUAUAUAAUUAUGAUCAUUCACAGAAUUCCGUACGCCCCAACUGCUGGUUUGGAGUCCACGCAGAGUUUAAUAGUGACUUUAGGCAGCAGAACUUUUGUAACAUUGCUUCUAACCUGCCUACUGAGAGCUUAUUUUAUUUAACUUGCUAAUCAAGUGCCCAAUGCGAUAACUUUUUUACUUUAUUAACGCUGAUCUUCUAUUAGCUCCCCAUAAUCUGCCAAUUUUAAAAGGUUACUUCAACAACCAUCAUCGUUUCCCCUUUUAGAAGUGGUCAUGGUGGUUGGAAUCUGUAUGUGCAACGUUUCUGGUUGAAACGCUGCACAUACAAAGAUCUAUUCACUUUUAGGCAGCUUGGAGCUCUGUCCAAUAGAAAUCUACAUUUCUUUAUAUCAUCAAGAUGCAUCCAACUCGUGUUUGUGUGUGACAUGGAAGUGUUACUGAGCGAAAUGCUUGAACUCUUUCCCUUAUGCACCACAGAAAGGCAUCCAGACAACCUGGUAUAUGUUUCACUGCACUGGUUGUGCAGACUGUAGUUGUAGAGCUGCAUUGGGUGCAACUGCUAUCAGCUUGGGCAGCAGUCCUAUUCACAUUUUAAUUUAUGCACCACCAGCAAAUUCAUCAGCACUCAACAAUGGGUAGAUGAGUUCUACUAGUAAUUGUAGCAAGUUUCAUUUAUCACAACCUAUUUUAAUUAUGCUUGGGGGGAAAUCAUUAACCCUUUAAUUACUAAGUGAAAUACAUGCACUAAGAACACACAUUAUCUGUUACUUGUGGUAGGAACUCCGUGUUCCUGUAUUGUGGCUUAUUGUGAUCUUGGGAAUGUCUUAAUAUACUUCCUGUAUAGAGUUAGAUGUAGCUGGCUUUGGCAAAAUUUGAAAUCGGAUGAACAUCGCUCGAAUGAAUGUAUCUGCUGAAUGUUGAAAAGUAGAAAUAAAAUAAGAUUUACAUAUUAUAAACGAAAAUGGAGGAAGAGGAUACCCCACGUAUGCAGUAUUCCAGCGUUAGCUAAGCCAACCCUGUAUUAAUAUGUGCUUUAUUCUUUGCCCUGUAGGACUUCUGGUUGGUUUCAUCCUCACUGUGGCCAACUUCAGCUUUUUCUCCUCUCUACUGGUUUUCUUCAUCACCAGCUCCAAACUCACAAAAUGGAAAGGCGAAGUGAAAAAGCGCUAUGAUUCAGAGUAUAAGGAAGGUAAUUUAGAAACAUAUUUUGCAAUGUAGUGUGUUUUGUUGGUAAAUUAUUUGUGUGAGAGUAUAUUUUGAAAAUGUGUUUUGCUAUCUUGUGAAUUGUUCAGUUCAACUUUUUUUAUUGUUUACAUUAAAAAGCCUGCACAGGGGGGUGGCACUGAUCAAAUGUGAUCAUUACUAAUUAAAUGCUCAUAGUGAAGUACUUGACUUAUUUUCUUAAUGUCAAAAAAGAGGCACUCUUUGCAUAUUCCCAAAACACCUACAAAAUUCAAUUAAAAUCUGGUGCUUCUUUUAAAAAACAGGGGGAUACAUAAAGGGGUUAUGGACAUUUUAAAACGGCUUAUUGGUUUUGGUAUUUGUUAAACCUUAAAUUACUUGCGGAUAACCCCGUCACAAACAGAAAUUGCUUAACAUGAUCUAUCUAGCCGCCUGACAGGCAAUGGAUCUACCCAGAACCCCCUCCUCUGUCACUAGUAGUCACAAAGAUUAAGGAUAAUCGCCUUAUUGCCAAGUUGACCUUACAGGUUCGGAACACCAUAACAACCUUUCAGAAGGUGUGGGACCUUUGGGAGCAGUAUGCUGACAAAACAGGGGUAUAGAUUAACCGUUCCCUUAAGAUUAAUACAGUGAUAUGAGAAUCACCAACACCCAUAGUGCCCUGUUGUUUGUCUAAAACCUAACAUCUUGCUUUUUUUUUUUUUAACAUUUUAUCUUAUUUUAGCUUAGAAAUUGAAAUUAAAUCCCAAACAUAUGUCAAGUGCAUGGAGAUCAACUAGCUGUACAACCCCACUGAUGUCGCCUCCUUACGUCACGUAUUAAGUCGCUCACAUGCAAUCAUCUCAAUGUACACUGCAUGAUGUUUGUAUUUGUGUACUGGAUUUUGUUAUCUCUUUUUUCUAACAUGACGGACAACCCCAACUUGACACAUCGCUUGCAUAUCAUGAGAUUUUGUGUAUCUUAAACUGAAAACUUUAAAUGAAUAGGGGUUGGUGACAAGAGGCACACACUGAAACUCAGGCCUGCCCACAAAAUCCCACUGUAACACCUGUACAUAGCAGUUCCACAUAUCACACCAUCUCAGAUUUCAGUGAUACUAGCUGACAUUGUAUGUAUUUGACGGUGAGCACUGGGACGAAAUGUCUAUCGCUCCCUAAAAACAGAAUUUACGAAACGGUUACUAUAACAGAGCGAUGCUACGGAUGGAGCCUGGGGGAAAGGGGGGUGUUCCCGGUUGGGGUCACGGCUCUUAGCCCAUAAAUGAUGCCCUGAGCUGUGCACCUCACAGGUGGUGAUCUUCGGCCUCUGUUUCAAGGGAGGCAGUGGGGCGGUUUUGAUGGUGAGGCAUAUGACUUCACCCAGAAACAUGUUCGAAACACAACUAUGUUGUCUUCUUAAAGUUCUUUGUUACUUAUGUUGCUUCAUUGUUUCUCUUUUCACUAUAUAACAUGAAACUUUGACAGAUUGUAAAUAUGCCAAACACUAUUGUAUGACAUGGCGUGUAACCUUUUAUAUACCACAACAUUGUUCUCUGAACCGUGAUUAAAUUAUUUGCAAAAUCAUUUUAGUGGAAUAUCUUUGAAAUUAGUAACUUUACUCUUUUAGAAAGUCAGUUAACUCUUUGUAACAAUUUUUUCUUUGUCAUUUUCAGGAGGACAGAGGAAUUGGGUGCAGGUUUUUUGUAAUGGUGGUGUCCCUGCAGAACUGGCUCUACUCUACAUGGUAGAAGUUGGUCCUGGUGAAAUACCUAUAGACUUUUCCAAAGAGUAUACUGCUUCAUGGAUGUGUUUAUCACUCUUGGGUGCUCUAGCAUGUUCAGCUGGGGAUACUUGGGCUUCCGAAAUAGCACCUGUACUCAGCAAAAGUUCUCCACGUUUAAUAACUACAUGGGAGAAGGUUCCUACAGGUAACACUUGAUUUGAAUAGUUUUUUAUUAGUAAUUUGGUUUCUGUAAUGUUACAACUAGAUGAAUAACUGUUAGAAUUUGUAGACUUGGGAAAAAAUUAAUUUGGAGUGGGUUAUCUACUUAAAAUUAUUUUUAAUCCACACCCGAAAUUUGAAAAACAAUUAACACCUGAUUAGUUAAUGCAAUAUUUUUUGUCAAAAAAUAAAUAAAUAAAUAAAAAAAAAAAAAAAUAUAUAUAUAUAUAUAUAUGUAUGUAUUUUUUUUUAUUUUUUAUUAUUAUUAUUUUUUUAGAGAACAAGAAUUAAAGGAACACUAUAGGGCAGGUGUAGGCAACAUUUUAGCAGCACUGUGCUGGAAUACGAUUGUGAUGUCCCGUAGUGUUCCGGUCCUAUUUUUUUUUUUUUAAUUGAGGUGUGUAUAUUGCCGUAUUCUGCUUGUGUUAUUUAUACUGCUGUUGCUUUGUAUCUUUAUAUUUGUGCAUAUAUUAGCUGUUAUAUUGUAUGUGUUCAUGAGUGGUUUGUGGUAUCGUGUAUGAUACCUAUGAAUGUGGGCUGUGUAUGGGGGCUGCUUGUGGAGAUGUGUGUGUGUGUGUGUGUGUGUGUAUGGAUAUGUCACAUGGUGUGUUUGGUAAUGUGUGUAUGCGGGUUGUUUGAGGUAUUUUAUGUGAGAGGCUGCAUGUGGGGAUGUGUGCAUGUAUGUUGAUUGUUAGUGGUGUUGAGUUUGUGGGGAUUGUGUGUAUGUUUGUGUGUGGGCUGUUCAUAUUAUUUGUAUGAGGGGAGGGUUAUUCUGCAUUUCUGUGUAUAUCUAGCAGUGUGGGUGGCUUUCCUGGGUUCCAGUGGGGACCGUGCUGGCCAUGCAUAAAUUGAGGAUUGUCCUUCAUCACUUUUCCUUAUUAGCAGAUAUCUGAAGUUUCUCUGGGACUCCUGAUAGGCCAGAUCCUGUUUGGCUCUGGCAGCCUUGAGUGACAAAGACACCUAGAGUGCCGUGCAUGGCACACGUGCCAUAGGUUGCAUACCCCUGCUAUAUGGUCAGGAACACAAACAUAUAUUCCUUACCCUAUAGUGUUAAAACCACCAUUUAGAUGGCUUGCCCCCCCUUAAAAGGUAAUGAACUUUACCUUAUUUCCAGCGAUGCACGGCUGCGCUGCUCCCAAUCUGCCUCCUUGCUGACAUCAUCAGAAUUUAUGAUUUUAGCCAAUCCAAUGCUUUACCCUAGGGAAAGGAGGUGGGGCGUGGUCAGGGCCAAAUGCUGGCUUGGCCAAUCAGCACCUCCACAUAGAGAUGCAUUGAAACAAUGCAUCUCCUUGAGGAAAGUUCAGCAUCUCCAUGCAGCACUGCCCCAGGACACACCUCUAUUGGCCACCUGAGGUGUCCCUGGGGUCAAUGUAAACACUGCCUUUUUUUUCUUUUGUGUUUACAUGAAAAUGCCUGUAGGGAAUGAUGAUAGUCACCAGAACUACUACAUUGAGCUGUAGUUGAUCUGGUGACUCUAGUGUGCCCUUAAAAAAAGAUGUUCUAUCCUUUUGGAAUUUGCCCUCAAUAUAUUUUUAGUAAUUGUGUAUUUUUCCUUUUUUGUGGGCUUUUGAGGUUUUUGUUAAUAAAGUUAGAGAAAUACUAUAAGCACCAUAACCACUACAAUGCGCUCUAGUGGUUGUGCUAGGAGCACUCUGGCGCACUACCGAUUGUAAUUUGUCAAACCAUUUUAGAAUGUUUUGACUUCAUACCUACAGUCCAUUGGGCGCCGCACCCUGCCUCCACUACGUCUGACGGAGACCUGGAAGCUCUAUAAGCUAAGCCUGCUGGUGCAGGACUUACCAUAUUGGCUGAGAUCAAAUUACACUACAGGUUUGCUCCAGGACACUUCUGCCACCAUAACCACUACAGCUCACUGUAGUUAUCAUGCUUGAAGUGUUCCUUUAACACACAACAUCAUGUUCCCCUUGCAUAGGUUAUGGUUCAAUGAAGUUUAGGCACCCUUUUCCUAGUAACUUACAAAUACAGAAACUUACAAAAAUCAUUUAAAUAGUUUCCUUUUAAAUUUAAGUUUAGAGAUUAAUAGAACGAGGUAUUACCUUAUGUGAAUUGUGCUUCAUAGAAAGUAAUUUUUUUGUAUGUCUUUGCUUUUUUUUUAGGCACAAAUGGAGGUGUUACUCUGAUCGGACUUUUAGCAAGCCUUCUUGGUGGCCUAAGUGUCGGUGUGGCAUAUUUUGUUACCCAGCUUCUGUUUGUGCAUGAUUUAGACAUUGCAGCUCCACAGUGGCCCAUUGUUAUUUAUGGAGCAGUGGCUGGCCUAGCUGGCUCAGUUAUUGACUCAUAUAUGGGAGCGAUCAUGCAAUAUUCAGGUAUGUUUGUAGCUUCAUUUUAUUAACUAUUUAUUGAAUAGUGCCACAAAUAAUGAUCUUUUACAGAGCUCUUUGGUGCAUAGAUAAAGCAUGGUGUAGUUUGAGGGUAGAGCCUGGGAUUUAUUUUUUCAAACUGAAGUGAUUCCCACCCAAUUCCUUCUGUUUAAUAAUCCUAUCAGUUACUUAUCCUUGAUGGCCCUUUUCUCGACUACCUUAACCAGCAGUCCUGGCUCACCUCAGACUAAACACUAUACACUUAAUGUUUUGUCAAGCACACAGAAAUAAGUCCUGCGCUCACACUCCCACUAUUUCUGAGCAGCAGCAAUGACUAUACUACACAUCAGCCCCAAUAUAUACAAUUAAAAAAAAAGGUUCUUUGCACUAUCCCAGAUCCAUAUGCACAGUUAAAUAAAUUGAGAUUUUUUUUUUUGUUUCACUCUAAUGGCCAUCAAAGGAUAAGCUCACCUGCCACAUCAAGGCAAAUUUACUGUGCUUUCUUAAGCUAAAGGGCAAUAUCUCUAAUGAGACAGAGAGGGGUGUUUUUCUUAUCCCCCACACACUUAUUAACCAUUAAUAGGGAGAACAUGGGGUGGGCGGUAGCACUAUAACAUACUGUGUAAUACACAAGCAAAUACAAACAUACAAAAUUAAUCUCUGCCUUCAAACUCCCACUACUCCUGGGUGGCAGCAAUGACUAUAGUACACAUCAGCCCCAAUAUAUACAAUGUUACAGAUUAGAAUGCAACAUUCAUAGUAAAGGGAUUUAUUCACUUAGAUUUUAGGCCAAAGUAUUAAAAAUUGAAAAAUAUUCCAAGUCAGCUAUUGUUUCUGGCUUGGUUAUUUUGGUCUAAAAACUAAAUCCACUUUGAAUUCCCCAAAAUCCCCACUUUUAGUUAGCCCUGAAAGAAACUCUUGGCUAAGAUACAUGAAAGCAUGAAGAAAAUAUUAUUCCAUCCUCAAAGCUAAAACUCAUAUAACAGGAGUGUAUUUCCAAUUUUUUCUUUUUGGUCAGGUCACAUUCUGUUGCUAUGAGACAACCCUCAUUCACAUAAAUGACAAUACAAGCUCCAGUAUGCGUUGGCCAUUUGUGUUCAGAAUCUCCCUUACAUUUCUUCUAUGAAGUCAGCUGCAGUACUGAAAUGUGUACAUUCUGAAAGUACAUAUACAGCCAGGGAGUGCAUAGUUUCUGUCUGUGAACUAUGUGAAUGCUGGGCUGCAAUGAAAUUAGGAAAUGCAUUCCGUUAUAAACAACUUCUUACCAGGACACAGUUACGGGGGACCUCUUUUCACUAUGACCAUAGCAAAGAGGUUUUUCUAAUGCUUUAAAUGUCCCAUUAAGAGAUUUCAUUUUCACAUUCAUUCUCUCUCUCUCUCUCUCUCUCUCUCACACUCACACACACACUCUUUAAUUAUUCAUAUUGUAAAACAUGUAAAGACUUAAAAUAUGCCUCACUCAGAUGUAUUUAAAGGAAAACACCAAGCAGCGUAACAACUUCAGCCUACGUUUUGACAACCCAGGUGAAGGAUGUAUCUGUAGAGCAAAGAGCAUCUGAUAGAGGUCUGUGCUUAAUGAAUGGAAUUGCUCAGCUGAGCACUCAGCCAGGGAGUAUACCUGUAUGGUCCUGCUUUAAUCUGCAGAGCAAUCUGGCCUUUUCUGAUGGAGAAAAUCGUAUGCAGAACUAAGCAUAAUCCAGAAAAACUGUAAAACGGUGCUAAAAUGAUUUAACAUCUUUCUAUGGGUCACCGUCAUAGCACUCCUGACACCAUAAUCACUACAGCGGACUAGUGGUUUUAUUGCCAAGGCUGUCCUUUACACACAGUAUGUGAUGGAUGUAAAAUAUUGAGCAAACUAUCUUAUACUGCUGCUUUUUAAGUGAUUUCUUUUUCUCUUUUAGGUUAUGAUGAAAAUACAGGACAGAUUGUCAAUCAUCCAACAAGGGACGCAAAACUAAUUUCAGGAAAGCCUAUCCUGGAUAAUAAUGCAGUAAAUCUGUUCUCAUCCAUAUUUGUGGCUCUGAUGCUUCCUGGUGUUGCGUGGAGUUUUUGGCCUAGAGUUUGAAAUCCUGGUCAGGGAAAAUUUUAUAACUUCAGCUAAAGAUAGAACUUGUUUAAAGACAACUAUGUAGUUGCAGCGAGGGCAUACUUAUUUGGUUGUAAAACUGGCCAAAAAUGAGAGAGAAAAAUUGGCUUGGAACAUGUAUGAAAAUGAAGUUCUAUUCUAACUUAAAGAAUGGUUAAUAAAACUUGACAUUGGCUCCAGUUAAUAUUAGAAUGAAGGAAAGCAAAACCAGGUGUAGAACAGAUAAAUUACACAACACAAAUUUGAGAAAAAAAAAGUUUAGAGAUGUGAUCUGAAUGGAUACCAUUUACAUUUUUAGCUUUAGUGUAGCACAUGCUACACUAUGAAGCCAAGAGGUCAGUCAGCUGGUAUUUUGUCAGUUCAACACUGAUGAACGCACUUUUAAAGAUAUCUCAAAAGGAGAAGGGAGUGAUGUGUACAUGAUCAUAAGACUGAUUUUUCGGAUAUGUGAAGCUAAAUUUAAUAAGUAACAUUCCUGUGCUCUUAGUUACUAGUUUAUUAAAUCAUUCUCUGUUCUACUUCAGAUUUCAAAUUUUACAGUUAUUUUAUCCAUAUCCAUAUUUUUUUUUUCUUUGUUUUCUUGACGAGCUGAUCUUCCAAAUUGCUGUGCAGUCAAACUUUCAGGCGAUGUAGCUGUGCAGUGGACUGCACGAUUCACUCACUGUUCCUAUCACACAGCACUGAUUAUUUUGAUCUGAUUAAGUGCUUACAAUCAAGUAAUUAUGUGGUGUGAAAAAGUUGUUUUUUACUUAUUCUUUUGUUACUUCUUCUUAAUUGCAGGCAAUUUGAAAUUGGGAAUUAAAGAUAGAUUAUUUUGUGCUUUAUUUACUAAAGAAUGAGUUUCUUUGACCACUAAAUAGAAAAGCAAAUUCACUUCAUGUGUUUUACUACUGGGCAAUUCAUUUUAUUAUAAUCACAUUGAUAUGUGAUUACAUCUCAUGAUUACAUGAGAAUUGGGGUAAACUACAUCCUGCUUUGUAGUUCUCAUUUUCAUAUUAUUUACUUUAUACGUGUUGCUAUUAAACGGUUUGGUUUAGAUUACUGUAAUUCUCAAUUACUUGACUUCAAUGCUCCUCUAGUAGAAUGUAUUUUUUUUGUUUGUUUGUGAACUGUGAUACUGUAUGCUAUUGAAACUUUGAAAUCGCAUUCUUAAACAUUCCAAAAGGUAUUCAAGAAUUGUUUUAAAAGCAAACUAAAAUUUAAAACCCCCUAAACAUUGUAUCUUUGCAUACUGCACUUAUGACAUAAGUAUUGUAAGUGGUUGUCUUUUUGGGUUAUAUUCCUGCUUUUCUAGAAUGCUGGUGCGUACAUGAAAAACUCAGGCAUAUUGUCUUCUAUUGGAUCAUUGUUAUGUUUUGAUUUUUUUUUUUUUCAAGCAAUUUUACAACACCUUAAUUUUUAUAGUGGACCACUAAAAUAAAAAUCUUUAGCUCGAAAUUAUGUACCGCGACUCUUUCACAAGAUAUACAUAACUUUGAUCUAAUUACAUAGGACUUUGAUAGCUAGGACUUCAAACACCAUACUAGGGCCUAGAGAUUUUCUGAUUAUAUGACGUCUGCCUCUUUAAAUAAGAGAUGUUUCUUUGGAAUAUUUCUUCAUGCCAUAGAAUGAACCAUGGAUCAUCUCAGAUACUGCCUUGAAGGGUUGUAAUGUGAAAUGGUACUAUUGCAGAAAGCAUAUUGACCCUGGACCACAACUACAUGUAUUGGUUUACAGGGAUUACUAUGAAAUCAAUGAUAAUUCAAAUCAAAUUCUAAACAGCCUGAGAAUGUUUGAGGGUUUUUUUUGUUUGUUUUUUUAGAACAAGUGGUUUCAACUUAUGCCCUCUUUUCUUUUUUUUUUCUUCUUUUUUUAAUGCAUUUCUAAACGCAGAUAUCAUGAUUUCCACUUCGGCAUUAUUGGCUAUGUAGCUUAACUGCUGGAGAGCCACACACAUCUGUAUCUUUGACUGUUGUACAUUGAUAAAUUAAUUAACAAAAAAAUAAAAAUAAACGUUUGUACUUUUUAUGUUGUGCCUUUUUAGAGCUGAAAACAUGGGGAUACAUAAAGUUUUGGAUAAUAACGGUUUCAUUUCUUGCUGUGCUUAGAUAUUAUAUUUAAUAGAACGUAACUGCAUGUGUUAUCCCAUUUGUAUAAGAUCACAAUUUAAUGGUUGGAUUUAUAAAAUCUUAUGUUUGAAGCUGCUUUUUAAAUAAAAUAUUAUAUAAAAUUUACCUUGUGUUGUACUUAUUAGAGAGAUAACCGAUUUAGUAAAUGCAAAAAUGUUUGUGUCUUUCGAAUCUGUGAUCUAUUUUAAUAUAUUUGGAAUAUUUUAGUAUCCUCAAACAAAUAAUAUGGUGUUCUCUGACACUGGAAGUAAACUUAAAUCCUGACAAUUUAUUGAUUAGAGUUAUGUACAUGCUUUGUACCUUUUUGUAUUUGUCUGUGUAUAUGGUAUGUCCUUCCCUAACUGUACAGCACUGCGGAAUCUGUUGACACUUUAUAAAUACCAGUAAUAAAUAAAAUAUACAAAGCAC